AUGUCUUCUACCGGUUCUAAAGGUCCUCAGACCUUGUAUGACAAGGUUUUCGAAGCGCACGUUGUUCACCGCGAUGAGUCUGGUUCAUAUUUGCUUUACAUUGACAGACACUUGGUUCAUGAAGUUACUUCGCCUCAGGCGUUCGAAGGUUUGAAAACUGCUGGCAGGAAAGUUAGAAGAACUGACUGUACUUUGGCAACGGUUGACCACAACAUUCCAACGUGGUCCAGAAAGAACUUCAAGAGCCCCGAAACAUUUAUUAAGGAGAAGGACUCGCUUUUGCAAGUCCAAACUUUGCAAAAAAACGUCAAAGAUUUUGAAGUUCCAUUUUUCGGUAUGACCGAUGCUAGGCAAGGUAUCGUGCACGUUAUUGGGCCUGAACAAGGCUUUACUUUGCCUGGUACGACCGUGGUGUGUGGUGACUCUCAUACGUCGACUCAUGGUGCCUUUGGGUCGCUUGCGUUUGGUAUUGGUACCUCUGAAGUCGAACACGUUUUGGCUACCCAGACCAUUAUCCAGGCCAAAUCUAAGAACAUGAGAAUUUACGUGGACGGCAAAUUGAGCCCCGGUGUCACUUCCAAGGACUUGAUUCUUCACAUUAUCGGUGUCAUUGGUACCGCUGGUGGUACGGGAUGUGUCAUGGAAUUCGCUGGUGACGCCAUUUCGGAACUCUCAAUGGAAGCCAGAAUGUCAAUGUGUAACAUGGCUAUCGAAGCUGGUGCCAGAGCCGGUAUGAUCAAGCCAGAUCAAAUUACUUAUGACUAUAUUAAGGGAAGGCCACUGGCCCCAGAGGGUAAAGAGUGGGAAAAAGCUGUCACUUAUUGGAAGACUCUGCACACUGACGAAGGUGCCAAGUUCGACUAUGACAUUAAAAUUAAAGCUGCCGACAUUAUCCCCACAAUCACUUGGGGUACUUCCCCUCAAGACGCUUUGGCUAUUAGUGACAGUGUGCCAGACCCUUCGACUGUCCGGGACCCUAUCAAGAAGUCCGACAUGGAGAGAGCUUUGAAAUACAUGGGAUUGACUCCGAACACCCCACUGAAGGAAUUGAAGCCAGACAAAGUUUUCAUCGGUUCCUGCACAAACUCCCGUAUCGAGGAUUUGAGAGCCGCCGCGGCUGUUGUCAAGGGCCACAAGAAGGCCAGCACUGUCAAGGUUGCCAUGGUGGUUCCAGGUUCUGGUUUGGUCAAACAACAAGCCGAAAAAGAGGGGCUCGACAGAAUUUUCUUGGAUGCAGGCUUCGAAUGGAGAGAAGCUGGUUGCUCCAUGUGUCUUGGUAUGAACCCUGACAUUUUGGAUCCCGAGGAACGUUGUGCGUCUACUUCCAAUAGAAACUUUGAAGGUCGCCAGGGUGCCAGAUCCCGUACACAUCUUAUGUCCCCUGCUAUGGCUGCUGCUGCAGGUAUCGUUGGUCACUUCAUGGACAUUAGAGAGUUUGAGUACAAGGAUGGUGAUAAACCAAGGAUUUCUAUCGAACAAGCUGGUGACAAAGCUCUUCAAGAUGCAGUUUACGAACAUGAGAAGCAGCCGUUGCAAAAGGGAGAAUCGAUCGAUGAGCAAGAGGAAGACGAAAUCAAGGAUAUUCCUCCUGCUGAUCAUAUCACUAAGGAAACCUCGCUCGACGGAGAAACGUCUUCUGCCCCAGCUGGAAUGGUUCCUUUUCUGACAGUUAAGGGACUUGCUGCUCCUCUUGACAAGGCUAAUGUCGACACAGACGCCAUCAUUCCAAAGCAGUUUUUGAAAACGAUUAAGAGAACUGGUUUGAGUGCUGGUCUUUUCUACGAAUGGCGUUUCACCAAGGAUGCCAAUGGCAAAGACCAAAAGUUGGGCUUUGUCUUGGACACUGAGCCUUAUACCAAGGCUGAAAUUUUGGUUGUUACUGGGGACAACUUUGGAUGUGGAUCCUCUAGAGAGCACGCACCAUGGGCUCUUAAGGACUUUGGUAUUAGAUCCAUAAUCGCACCUUCGUUUGGCGACAUUUUCUACAAUAACUCUUUCAAAAACGGCUUGCUACCUAUCAGAGUUUCUCAAGAUGUUAUCGCUGACAAGCUCUACCCAAGGGCCAAAGCAGGAAAGGCCUUGACCAUCGAUCUUCCAAAGCAACAAAUCCUGGAUGAUGAAGGCAAUGUUCUUGUUCCUCACUUUGAGAUUGAGGAGUUCAGAAAGCACUGUCUUGUCAACGGUCUCGAUGACAUUGGAAUCACGCUACAGAAGGAAAAGUUCAUCUCUGAAUAUGAAGCCAAGAGAAAAGAAGUGUUCUCCUUUUUGGAAGGUGGUUCCAAGAGAGUCCAACCGGUCACAGGGACCAAGAAGAGUCCUUUCGGAGUUACUGCUCAAGAAUGGUAG